GCAGUGAGCACGAUGUCGCGCCUCUGGCCUUCUUCGCCCAGAACGUGUGCUCGCUUCACGGUCGUCGAACGCCCGAACACCGCCGCCCAUCGCCAUCGGGAGGGCGUCGGUUGCGUCUUGCGUGCUCGGUUGGCCGGUUGUUUGGGGAGGACGAAACGGACGAUGACGACAGGAUAGGACUCGCCGCGCGGCCCACCUCCCAAGCACCAUCCAUCCCUCUCGGUCAAGUGAGCGUCUGCCCCUCCACGCAAUCCCAAGGGCCUCGGCUAUGGCGUCCCCCUCCGCUCCGGCAGCCCAGUCUGACCGCGCCGCGCUCCUCAAAGCCUUCGACGAGGCCUGCACGGGCGUCCGCGGCCUCGUCGAGUCCGGCGUCUCCUCCGUCCCCGCGCUCUUCGUGCACCCGGACCCCUACGCCUCCGCGCCGCUCGCGCCCCCGGGCGUCUCCAUCCCCGUCGUCGACCUCUCACUCCCCGCGCCCGCCGCCGCCGCCGCCGCCGCCGAAGCCGCCCGCAGCUGGGGCUUCUUCCACCUCAUCAACCACUACCAGGCCCUCGGCGUCCCAGAGGACUACCCCGCGCGGGCGCUCGCCGCCGUGCGCGCCUUCAACGAGCUCCCGGCCGCCGAGCGCUCCGCGCACUACGGCCGCUCCAUGGUCGGCGGGGUCUCGUACUUCUCCAACGUCGAUCUGUUCCGGACCUCCGCCGCGAGCUGGCGCGACACCGUCCAGAUCGCGUUCGGGCCCCAGCGGGCUGACCCGGCGCGCAUCCCGGCCGUCUGCCGCGAAGAGCUGCUCGAGUGGGACGCGCACGCCACCGCCGUGGGGCGCGCCCUGCUGGGGCUCCUCUCCGAGGGGCUUGGGCUCGGGUCGACGAGGCUGGAGGAGGCUUCCUGCCUCGAGGGCAGGGUCAUGGUCUGCCACUACUACCCGGUGUGCCCCGAGCCCGAGCGCACCAUGGGCAUCGUCCCGCACACAGACCCCGGCGGGCUCACCGUCCUCGCGCAGGAUUGUGUGGGUGGUCUGCAGGUGAAGCAAACGGAUGAUGAUGGGGCGAGCUACUGGGUGGAUGUGAAGCCUGUGCCCGGUGCGCUUGUAAUCAACGUCGGGGACCUUUUGCAGGCCGUAUAGGAAUAAAACAACUUUCUGUUUCUGGAGCAUCAUCUGCACAAACUCAUCGGGCUGGGAUCCUCUGCGCAGUCGGAGCCCCAAUGACUCUCACUGAUAUGUGAGCCCGAUGGUGUCACAUGCUUUCUGUUUCUGGAGCAUCAGAUGUGUUGACUUAUUUGACACGAACCUUCUCAAGGCUUGCAAUUUUGCCUAUGAAUUAUUAAGUUGCAUAGCUUAUUUGUAAAAUAAUCAGUGAUUUAUUGCUGCUUACUUCAAACUCUGACAUGGUUUUAGUUAUGCAAUUCUCAAGAGUAUCCAGAAUGUACAUUACGGUUGCCCA